AUGGGUUCCAAGAGUGUUGUUGCACUUCUGUUCUCCCUCAACCUCCUAUUUUUUUCAAUGGUUAGCUGCUGCAACACCCCUAAGUGUCCUUCACCACCUGCACCAAUUAAGUGCCCUGGAUUGCGUGUUUGCGCCAACAUUUUGCUGCCCCCUUUCAAACCCGACCAUAAUUGCUGCCCCCUCAUCGCUGGUCUUGUUGACCUUGAGGCUGCUGUGUGCCUCUGCGCCGUCCUCAAGAUCAACGUCGGUGGAAUAGUCUCCGUCAAUCUAGACCUUCUCAUUGAAAAAUUUUUAGAUGAAACGUGGAUGACGAGAAGAGUCCCCAUCGACGUACGAGAAGAAACACAGCACCAGAAUUCAAAGGGAAUUUAG